AUGUGUGUUGCUCUAGCUGCUGAACGGCAGCCAUCCUGUGAUCACAAAGGAAACCAGUGUGAAGACAAACCAAGAGAGACAGAUAAACCAAGAGCGUACCUUUUUCAUACAGUGUUUGACGACGAAGCCCUAGAGAUUUCUCUAUCUCUGGAAUUUCCAGAAGUUGAGCCACAAUCCAACCACCAGGCUCUGACCACUUGCAGCAGUUGGCUUUGCAGCCUAGACCCCAACCUCCCGAGGCAGGGAAGGCAGGCGGACUGGUGGAAGCAGCCCCCUCGCCCAACCCGCCCUGGAGCCAGAGGAGCCGCCCUCCCACCACCCAACCCCCACGCCGACCCGGGAAGCGCACAAACGGGGGCGGUGCGACUACCCGUUCGCGGCGACAGCAGCAGCAGCACCCUCAGGCCCUCCCGUGAAACGGCGGCAGCUGCAGCAGCGGCGCUGGGAAAGGCGGGAAUGGUCCUGAGAGGCAGAGGGGGAGGCCGGGGCGGGAGCGACUGCAUGUGGGGCUGCACUGGAGGGAGGCGGAGGCGCUCAGGGGGCUCGGCUUUUUUUACGAUUAUCAUCAUCAUCUCGUUUUACCUGUGGCGCAGAAAGGCUCCCCAGCUCCUACUCCCUGAAUCCUCCUCCUCCUCCCCUCCUCUUUCUCUCUCUCUCCCUCAGUCUCUGCCAGGCGCUUGCGGAACCAGCCGGGCCCGGCCCGACCUGAAAGAGAACAGGGCGGGAGGGGGCGGCGGUGACCAGCGACCACGUGACCACGCUCGCGCAGUAACGGCGGCCGCCUCCUGCCGCGCGCCCUCCCCGCGCUCCACCUCUAAUAACCCCGCGGCUCGAGCGCCCAGGACGCUGGUGCGCAGGCGCCCGCCCGGCCUGGAGGCUGCGCGGGCGCGCAACGCGCUCGCUCUCGGGGCCCAGUCUAUGGGACCAUGCGGGGCACGACGUGGGGAGUGAGCCGCAGGCCAAACCCUCUACGGAGCCGGCCGGCUACCAGUACGCAUGCGCGGGAGGGCUCGUUCCACCCCCUCCCAAACUUUCUCCGUGUCCUCUCUCUUGCGCCCCAACCUGCGCCCAGAUGUAGCCUUAGGAACCUGGUACCGAGACUUCACCACUCACACCCUCCACCACCUCCCCAGGGUGGGACUGAGAGUAAGAGAGAUGUCAGCCCCUGAGAAACUCCGAAUAGGCUGGCCCUCCUGCCUCAGAAUUUACAUUUCCUAGUUGCGUGUAAAUGGCCUGCUGGACGUUUUUUUACAGCUGAGUAGACUCCUGUUCAUGCUUCAGGACCCAGCCCGUAACUUACUCCGAAACAUACUCUACUCUCCUUUGGGGAAGUCAUUAACAUUUUAUGCAGAUCUACUUUGUUAUAACCCACAUAAGUUUUGUUUUGUUUUGUUUUGUUUUGUUUUGUUUUACAAAUCCGCAAUACUAGGCUCAGAUUUUAUCUCUACUCUAAAAACCUAGGACAGUAUGUGUCUUCAGCAUUGUGGUAUCUCAGUAAAAUUCUGAUGACUGUCAGAACACAGGCAAUGCCUAAACUCUAGGUCUUUGUCCUCCACCUCUACUUACUCAUGAUUUAAGAUUUCCUUUAACCUUAGCACAUGGACUGCUGGUGUUUGUUUCUCGAAUAUGAAAGCCUUUCAAUGGGAAUGCUAAUUAGAGUGGUAAAUGCUUCACCUAGUAAAAAAGAUUUAUGGUCUUUUAUUGGCCUAUCUUCACAAAGAGCUCCAAAAGAAAUUGAUAGUGUUGAGUCCAGAAGAAGGGAACCAAGAAAGAAAAAGGUCAAAUUUUCAAAGGUUAGCUAGCCUCCAUGGAGGGUCCCUGUGUGGGAGACCUUUGUUCAAAACCCUCCCCUUUGCACAGGGAUUCCCUCCAUACUGUUGGCCGGCCCUCUUUGUUGCAGGAGCUGGACAGGUCAACUUAAUGCCUCUUGCCAAGUCUAAUCAGGGCAAAUAAUUAAAAUGUAAAAACUUAUUAAAUAUCAUUUCUGGCUAAGUCCUGUCAUCGUUACCUCUCAUCGUUAAAUGAGGUGAAUACCUAGAUGCUGUUCAGGAACUAUAACUAGCAACAAAAUUCCAGAAAAUGUUGGGAUAAAUGCUAAGCAAGGAACAGUAUUAACAAGGGCUUCUGAGAAAGUAGGAAAAUCACAGCCCUCAAGCCUCCAAUCUGAUAGGUCUGAAAUGUUGAUGGACUUUUUCCUACAUUUACCAAUAUAGACACACACACAGUGAUCCCACCUGAUAGUUGCAGCUACCACCCAGGAUAUGCUAGUAGCACCCCAUUCUAAAUACAUCCAGUCCAAGGUUCAGACUCUAUGAGAAACUGUAUUUUCGUGGCCUAUGAUAAACCCCAAUAUCCAUGUGCUUGUGUAAUACUCUCCCCUUGAAUCGAGGCUGGACCUGUUACUGCUUUAAACAAUAGAAUGUGGCAAAACGACUGCCAGUUUCCAGGCUGAAGCCGUAAGAAGUCUUUGCAGUGACAACACUGAAAUUUGCUGGAACCUGUACUCAGGGAAAACAGAAAUGAUUAAGAAGCCCCCCCCCACCUGUUUGUGUUCUGGAAAACGGCUUACCACAAAGAACCACCCUUCUCGCUUCUGUUUUUGCCCUUUGGAAGAAGAACCAUGAAAGAAAUCUAACUACUCCAAGACUGCCAUGCUGUCAGAAGUCUCACCUAGCCGUUUCAAGAGGCCAAAUAGAGGAAAACUUGAGGACCUGGGCUAAUCGCCCCAGCUGUGCUCCCACUGGAUACAACACAACCUACCGCGCAUUGAGUGAGUGAGCCAUCUUAGAAGUGGAUUCUCCAGCCCCAUCAAGUUGCCCCAGCUGAUGCCACAUGGAACAGAGAUGAGCUAUUCUCCACCAUGCCCAAAUUGUAGAAUUGUGGACAAAUAAAUAAAAGUGUCAUGUUAAACCACUCA